CUGCUCUGGCUGGCUGCCAGCUGCUUGUUUGGAUGGGUGGGAAUCCACAAUAAACCAGGACCUGGAACUACGACGGCAACGGCAACGCAUCUGGAGCAGCAGCAAAAACCCAAAACUAUUUGCACUCAACAGCGGCAACAAAUGUGGCUGCGGUGUUGCCUUGUGCUACUUACGACUGCCAUUUGAUGGCAAUGGCGAUGGCGAUGUCGAUGUUUUCCCUGGCCCAGCAGCCAGCAUCCUCGACAGGAUUCCAAAUACCAAAGUAUUCCUCGAUUCCGAGCUGUGCAAAUAUGAAGGCGCCUGGUGAUGUGUUUACAAGUUUGUGGAUUGUUGUCAUUGUCGUCAUCUGGCCGGGCUUUCAGCCUCAACUGGCUGUGGCUACACCCCAAUCUUGGCCAGCACUCGGUGCUCAGUCUCAGCCCGCUUUUCAUUACCAAUUGCAGAGAUCCCCCUGCCGUCCCUCAGCCCCCAAAUGCAAACAUCAAUCAAGCUGCAUUAUGCAAAUAUUCGCUCGAAAGUUGCAACAAAAGCGCAUCGAGCGGGGGAAGAAACUGAAA